UCCUCCUUCUUCCCGCGGUGACUGUGCAGAUACCGGGCGACGAAUUGCUGCUUCUGCCGCCGCCGGCGCUUUCCUGCCGUUUAGCCCCCGCCGCCCGUGAGUCGCUGCCGGGAUGGUCGGGGUGAAGGUGAUGGCUAACGACGCCGACUUCCAGAGCGAACUGAGCGCCGCCGGCUCCCGGCUGGCGGUGACCAAGUUCACCAUGAGAGGAUGUGGUCCUUGUUUGAGGGUAGCUCCUGCUUUCAAUGCUCUGAGCAAUAAAUAUCCCCAAGCAACAUUUUUGGAAGUUGAUGUACAUCAGUGCCAGGGGACAGCUGCCACUAACAAUAUAUCAGCAACUCCGACAUUUCUUUUCUUCCGGAACAAAGUGCGAAUUGAUCAGUAUCAAGGUGCAGAUGCUGCGGGAUUGGAAGAUAAAAUCAAACAGCAUCUAGAAAACGAUCCUGGAAUCAACGAGGAUGGCGAUAUUCCAAAGGGAUACAUGGACUUGAUGCCAUUUGUUAAUAAAGCUGGAUGUGAGUGUCUUAAUGAAAGUGAUGAACAUGGAUUUGAUAAUUGUUUACGUAAAGACUCUACCUUCUUGGAAUCAGACUGCGAUGAGCAGUUGCUUAUAACAGUAGCUUUUAAUCAACCAGUCAAGCUUUAUUCUAUGAAAUGUCAAGGGCCUGAUAAUGGUCAAGGUCCGAAAUAUAUAAAAAUAUUUAUCAAUCUUCCUCGAUCAAUGGAUUUUGAAGAGGCAGAAAGAAGCGAACCCACUCAGGCUUUGGAACUAACACCAGAUGACAUUAAAGAAGACAGCAUAAUUCAGCUUCGCUAUGUAAAAUUUCAGAAUGUUAACAGUGUAACUUUAUUUGUCCAAUCUAAUCAAGGUGAUGAAGAAACAACAAGAAUUGCGUAUUUCACGUUUAUUGGAACACCAGUUCAAGCAACAAACAUGAAUGAUUUCAAGCGGGUGGUAGGAAAGAAAGGGGAAAGCCACUAAGAUGCAACCAAGAUGCUGGAAGGCCUUGUCACAGUCAACGUGGGAUUUCACAUUAGCUUCAGCUCAUGAAAGUCACCCAGCCAUAACCAGAGACUUGUCAGUCUGUUCCAUUUUACUGCCAUUACAAAUAAAAUCAGUGCAUUUUGUUAAUAUGAGAUUUCACUAAACGUGUUUUCUGUUGUAAUCUUGGAACAAAAAAAAAAUGUAAAUAAAAAUCAUUAAUUUUGUCAGAAUUGCAGAGUGGAAGAGUUGCUGUGUCCCUUCAGUGAUGAAAACCAGAAUCGUACCUCCCGAUUCAUAUAAGUUGUGUAUGUGUGAAUGUUUGAUAAUAUAAUUGUAU